AUGUCGUUCUAUGGAUCAAACUCUAUGUCCUUUGGGGCACCGGAUCAUGCCAGUGCCCAACAAAGAGGAGACGCAGCACAUAUUCGACAAAAGGAUGACAACAGUGGCAAAACGAUGCUUACAAGUAAAGAACGACAAUUUGUCAAUUCGGUAAUUCAUGAUAAAUCAACUGAGCAUAAUCCAAAAUUCGAUUCGGGAUUAGAAAAACUCAAAAAAAAAAGUGGUUGUUGA